CGGCUUUGGAAAGAGUUCCCGUCACUUGACUCACUUUGAUCAGAAAGCAGCAUUAUGCGUUCUUCUACAGUCCUACUGCUCGCUCUCUCUUUCACUUUGGGACAAGCAACAUUAAUGCCUCCAAUAGCAGACUCUUGCACUAUGAUGGAUUAUACAAAGAUCCCUUUCUGCUACACUGCCGGCUACCCUACCGUUGGCUAUCCUACUGCAAACGGGAUAGAGACUCAGGAGCAAGCACAGAUGCAACUGAAUGACUUUCGAAUCGUCGUACAAAGCAACUGCUCUGGAGCCAGCCUUCUCUUCCUAUGCUCAUACUACGCUCCUCCAUGCUUUGAGCAAAAUGGGCAGUUAUUCAGACUCAAUCCUUGCAGGGAACUCUGCGAGGCAUAUUAUGAUGGCUGCUAUCAGAACUAUGUCAACAGUAAUAUCUCCUGGCCAGCUCACUUAAACUGCAAUUUAUUUCCAAACAGAAGUGAUGAGGCUAUUUGUUUCAUUACUCAAGAAGACCCAUCAUCCUUGGUAUUACCUGCUGUAAUACCAGGAAUCAAUGCUCCCAUACCGACUGAGGUUCCCACAUCAUCUCAUCCUCCUUUACAAUCAACUCCUUUGCCAUCAAUACUCCUCUCAGUUGACCCACCAAAUACCAUCAGCAGCUCAUUAGUAGCCCCAUCAAGUAGUGGUACAAUUCUGUCAACUGCCAGCUCCUCAGCAACCAGGCCCAUUAGUACUCCAACUUUGAUGGCAUCACCAUCUCCUACUUCUUUUUCUGAGUCACCGGCUCUUCAUUGCUCUCCUCUACUCAUUGCUGUAUUGCUAAUCAUCCUCUGUCUCACUUUAUUGGUCGAUUAAAUAAUAUGAACGUGACAUAUAUUUAUUACUAAUUUUAUUUGUGUAUUGCUUUGAUUUGGUUAUUGUUAUUAGAUCCAUAAAAUUGUUUUGAAGUCA